UUGGCCCCAACAGACAUCGAAAAAAUUGGAACAAAAGAUUUUGGAAAGCCAGAACGCGGUCUCAAUUUCCAGCUUUACGAUAACAUCCCGGUGACUCAAUCAGGACCGAGUUGGAAUCCUGUCAAGCCCAUUACACCUUUUACUGAAGUUGAGUUACAUCAGACCAUAAAAGGCAAUGUAGAACGUGCUCAGUACAUCCAUCCAACUCCGGUACAGAAAUACGCCUUGUUUAUUAUCGCAGCCAAGCGUGAUUUGAUGGCAUGCGCUCAAACCGGAUCCGGUAAAACGGCGGCGUUUCUGUUGCCGAUUCUAAACCGGUUGCUGAAAACAGGUCUUGAUGAUGAACAACCUCCACAGUCCGUCACUGGUGAGGCUUCACCGACUGCUUCGGUGCUUGCAUCAAAUCGAGAGUUAUCGUUCCAGAUGUACGAUGAAGCACGUAAAUUUUCAUAUCGGUCAGAGGUGCGUCCGUCUGUUAGGUAUGGUGGUGCUUCCAUCACCGCCCAAAGGCGGGAGCUAUCGCACGGUUGCAACAUUUUGGUUGCUACCCCAGGCCGAUUGGUUGAUAUGAUUAGUCGGGGUAAAGUCAUCUUGGAACAUGUCAAGUAUCUUGUCCUUGAUGAAGCUGAUCCGAUGUUGGAUAUGGGGUUUGAACCUCAAAUAAGACGCAUUGUAGAACAGCAUCUAAUGGCCCCUGCUGGACAGCGACAAGCCUUGAUGUUUUCGCCAACAUUUCCCAAACAAAUUCAAACUCUUGCUCGGGACGUUUUGCACUCCUACAUUUUUCUCGCAGUUGGCCGUGUUGAUUGCCGGCAACACCGAAAUCGGAGGAGUAGCUACGUCAGUACAGUUCCAAUGACCAACAACAGCAAAUUCCCCGCGGUGGUUUUGGUCUUCUGGACACAACCAAGGUCUCAACAUUCUCAUCCAACUGCUCUGUUGCCACCGGGAACGCCGGUUAACAUCCGGCUGCUGCUGCAAAUGCCGGCGGAAAUGCCAACGGACCAGCAGGUGGUACCAUGUCUGCUGUCUCUACAGGGAGCUAUAGUUCUCACUUGCCUCCAGGUACUGGAGCCCCGUUCCCGGGAGCGACGUGCCAGGCAUUUCACCCUGCCUCCAUGUUCUCUACUCCCAAUUCAGUAUCGGCCCACCACACGAUCUCGUCUCAUGGCCGCGAUGUCGCCACAUCAACAACCACAAGCGGCUAUGGCUGCGGCAAUGGUUACAGCUAUGUCAAACGGUGCACAAGCAACCGUUCCUGGUCGAGAUCCUAAUACUUCAAGAUUCUCACCAGCCAACAACGCGCAACCCGUACAAAACGAUAAUUCGUUCGCUAUUGAUUUAGGCACUGCCUCCAGCCCACCUGCUACCGGUUUCUCUAAACCCGGUCCCGUGAUUCAGUCAGUUUACCGAGGCAAUGGAGUUGGUGGCUGGUGGCCCACAGUCGCGGCUAGCUGA